UUUAAAGUGCUCCUACAAUUUCUCAUGUCAGGAGCGCUUUUAAGGUCCAAGUUGCUCUGUUUAUAUCUUUGAGAGGAUUAAGUCCACAUUUUGAAGAAGGAAAUUCAACCCAUGAUAAGAACAUCAGAAUUUUGCAAUUUAUGGCAACUCUUUGUACAAGGAAUCUGGAGACAGACCAACAUCAGACCAGAACUCAAAAAAGUUAAUUAAUGUUGGCAUAUUCAGGUUCAGGAUGACUUCCUAUUUCGUGCACUUCCUCUUCCUCUGGUCUUUGUCUGUCAUGGGCUCUGCUGAACCUGCAGGCUGUAAAAUACGUAUCACUGACAGAGGACUGGACAUGUUGAAGUAUGAAACUCAAAAAUUUGUUGAAGAGGAGCUAAGUAACAUCAGCAUGCCGGAGAUGAAGGGGGAAGAAGGACGAUUCCAGUACACCAUCACUGAUGUGAAGAUUACAGAGCUGAAUCUGACUCACGCUGAUCUGCGGUUCAUCCCUGAUGUUGGUUUGCUGUUCGAUGUUCAGAACUCAUCGAUCUCACUGACUUUCAACAGACGGAUCCUCUACUGGUUCUUUUACGACACAGGAAACAUCAACGCGUCGGCUGAGGGCGUGAACAUCAACACAGCUCUGAACCUGAUCAGAGACGAGGAGGGACGGCUGAAGAUCAAUAACAUCACUUGUGAUGCCAAAAUCAGCAAAAUGAGUGCAAAGUUCAGUGGAACGCUGGGGAGAGUUUACGGCUUCCUGGCCAGAUUUCUGACAACAGGCAUGCGCUUCCUCCUCAACCAAAAGAUCUGCCCGGCUCUGGAUCAUGCUGCUCUGGUUCUUGUGAACUCACUGUUGGAGACGAUCCCAGUGAGGACAGAAGUUGAUCAGUUUAUUGGUAUCGAUUAUUCGCUGAUCAGUGAUCCCGUGGUGACGUCCCGGAGCCUCGACAUGCACUUUAGGGGGAUGUUCUUCGACCUUUCUCACCAGAACAUCUCGUUGGUGAACUAUGCUGUGGAACCCGUCAUCAAAGAGUAUGACCGGAUGGUAUACUUGGCACUGUCCGAGUUCUUCUUCGACAGUGGCUUGUUCUCCUACUACACGGCCGGAGUCUUUCAGAUGCACAUUGUCAAUGAAAAGAUGCCCAAAGAUCUGGAGAUGUUAUUGAGAACCACCUACUUUGGAUUCAUCAUGAUGCUGAACCCGGCACUGGUGGAUGCUCCACUGUCUCUCCAGCUCGCCGUCAACUCUCCGCCCAAAACCUCCAUCAAGACGUCUGGAGCCACGGUUGUCAUGACUGCCAUCGUCAAUGUGAUGGUGCUGCCUCCAGGUCAGCCUCCGGUUCAGCUGAGCAGCAUGACCAUGGAGACCAAGUUCAAUGCCAAAGUUUCCAUGAGAGGAAAACGUCUGUCUGUUCACGCUGACCUACGCAGGUUUAAGAUCUUCUCCAACCAGUCUGCUCUUGAAUCUUUGGCGUUGAUUCCUCUGCAGGCUCCUCUAAAGACAAUGCUGCAGAUGUCUGUAGUCCCACUGAUCAACAACUGGACAAAGAGAGGCGUUCGGAUCCCGCUGGCUGAUGGGAUGGAUUUCAUUGAGGAGGUGGUUGAAUAUCAUAACGGUUUCAUCGUGAUCGGAGCAAAUCUUCACUUCAGCAAAGGGCUGAGAGAAAUGGUAGUAGGAAGCUCAGAGAUGGAGCAACAGACUGCCAACUCCACCGCCACCACCAGCACUGCCUAAAUGUUCAUACGCAGGGUUUAUAUAGAUCUACGAUUAAUGUGAAUAUAUACAACACAUCAGUAAAACCAUGAGUAUAUGAUGAACAGAUCAGAAAAGAACUGACAGCAGCACAGUGAGCCUUACACCUUGUAAUCAGUCCAAACUAACAGGGUUACAAUUAGAGACACUA